AUGGGCAACCAUUUACAGUCUGAGCAAAAUGCUAAUCAAGUAAUUGCACAAUCGCCAGGGUUGAUUCUAGACAGAAAAACACAAGUGAAGCCUUCCAGAAUGCCAUCUGCUGCAGCCGGGUCUAACACAGCUUCAGGUAUUGCCAGAAUGACAACAGUAAGUGGGUCUGCUGCAGUGAAAACUACGAAGUCCUGCAAAAGGCACAAAAGUGUGAGGCAGCAUGCCAGCAUGUAUGCGUACAAGGAGCCACCCCACAGUAACUCAGGUGAUGAUAAUGGUGAUUUAAAUGCGGACAGCAAUGACCCAGAGCAGAUAUUCCAGAAUAUACAAUUUCAAAAAGAGAUCAUGGCAAACAUCCGUUGCAGACCAUGGCCCAUGAGACAGAAGCUGAGGGCACUCAGACAAGCUAAGGAGAUUGUGUUGAAAUAUGAAGGCAGGCUCACUAGAACAAGAGGUUACCAAGCAGCUGGUGCAGAGCUCUGGAAGAAGUUUGUUCGGCUUGCAUAUAACUUUAUGGUAAUCUUCAUUCCUUGGGAAAUGAGAAUAAAGAAAAUAGAAAGUCAUUUUGGAUCCGGAGUUGCCUCUUAUUUCAUCUUUUUGAGAUGGCUAUUUGGAAUCAAUAUUGUGCUUACCAUAAUGACAGGAGCAUUUGUGGUUUUACCAGAGCUCCUGGCAGGAGCGCCAUUUGGAAGCACUAUCAGCAAGACCAUCCCAAAGGAGCAGUUUGCAUCAGCACAGGACCUGGACACCAUCUGGUCACUGGGGGGUUAUCUCCAGUACUCUGUUUUAUUCUAUGGCUACUAUGGCCGAGAUCGGAAGAUUGGGAAAGCUGGGUAUCGGCUGCCCCUGGCUUACUUCCUUGUUGGAAUGGCAGUAUUUGCUUAUAGCUUCAUCAUCCUCUUAAAAAAAAUGGCGAAGAACUCAAGAAUGAGUCUAGCAAGUGCCUCUGAUGAAAAUUAUACUUUCUGCUGGAGAGUGUUCUGUGCUUGGGACUAUUUAAUAGGAAAUCCAGAGGCUGCAGAAAGCAAAGCUGCUGCAAUAGUUAAUAGUAUCAGGGAAGCUAUUUUGGAAGAGCAGGAAAAGAAGAAAAGCAAAAACCUGGCUGUGACAAUAUGCUUAAGGAUUAUUGCAAACAUCCUUGUCCUUCUCUCACUUGCUGGAAGUAUUUACAUCAUUUACUUUGUUGUGGAUCGAUCCCAAAAAUUAGAGCGUACCAAAAAGGAACUGACGCUUUGGGAGAAAAAUGAGGUGAGUGUCGUUGUUUCACUAAUUACUAUGAUUGCACCCUCUGCAUUUGAACUUGUGGCAGCGCUAGAGAUGUAUCACCCUAGAACCACUCUUCGUUUUCAGCUUGCCAGGGUUCUCGUUUUAUAUCUGGGAAACCUCUACAGUUUAAUUAUUGCUCUGUUGGAUAAAGUGGACAGCAUGAGUAUCGCUGAAGCUGAAGCUAACAGCAGUGCAAGUAACUGGAUAGAUUCCACCACCUUCUUAGUCACCAGAACCCUUCCCGAAGAAGACAACUUAUCUACCACUAUCCCUGAUAUAAGAAUUAAGGGAAACAGCACAUUGACACUGGAAAAGAGUCAUACUCAGAACUAUACAAUACCUGUCGUGCUGGUUAACAAGACAACUUCCUAUCCCUACAACAUGCAAAGUCAGAAGGAUCAGUGCUGGGAAACGUACGUUGGUCAGAGACCUUAUCAAGGCCAGAACUAA